AUAUCCAUGGCCGACUCUCUAACCCAUUCUAACAUGAGUCAGAAUACCAAUUCUCCACCUUCUCAAUCUCACUCAACCCUAAACCCCUCUCCACCACAACCGCCGCCGCACCCAACAAAUCCGCAGCCGCGGCCUCCUCCGGCACCGCCGCCGCCGCCGCCCAUUCCGAGGCCGUCUUUGAAACAUACAAUUCAUGUGCACCAACUGACGGAUCAGCCGUCGCACUUGCAGCCAAGUAUUAGCACGGAAACAUUGCCGUCGCCGAAGAAGGUCAAGACAACCGCCGCCGCCGGAGCCGCCGUGAGUGCCACGUCAUCGGCUGUCUCGUCGUCGUCAUCGUCGAGCCGCCCUGGUGGCGGCGGAAAGCACCCCGUUUACCGUGGGAUAAGGAGCCGCAGCGGGAAAUGGGUGUCGGAGAUCCGCGAGCCGAAGAAGACCACACGAAUUUGGCUCGGCACCUACACCUCGCCGGAGAUGGCCGCCGCCGCCUACGACGUGGCGGCGCUGGCCCUCAAAGGCAGCGACGCCACUCUAAAUUUCCCCGAUCGGAUUAACAACUAUGCAGUGCCGGCUUCUCCGUCGCCCACGGACAUCCGCAAAGCGGCCGCCACCGCGGCGGCGUCGAUGAAGCCCGACGGUAGCGAUGAGGCCGGCGCCGCUGUUCAAUUACCGGAAAAGCCCGAAUCUCCGGCCGGCGCAGAAGCUUUGACCGGAAGCAGCCAUGAGUUCAUCGACGUGGAGGCAUUGUUUGAUAUGCCCAAUUUGCUGAUGGAUAUGGCGGAGGGAAUGCUCGUCAGCCCACCGAGAAUGGCGGCGACGCCGUCGGGGAACUCGCCGGAAAAUUCCGAUCCCGAAAACCUAUGGAGCUACUUUUGAAAUAUCAGUGCCUUCAAUUCAAAUUUAUUAUCAUUUAAGAAUUGGCAGAGAGAGAAAGAGAGAUAGAGUGAGAAAUUUUAAUUUAAUUUCAUCCCAACAUAUUCUUUUGCUAGAUCAGACAUUACAAAUUCAUUUCAGUGCUCCAAAAAAACGUAUUACAUCAAAGAAAUUGUUUUUCAAUUCUAUCGAUCAUCAGGGCAUUGUCCUAAUUUUGGUACGAUUCCAUAGCUAGGGUUUCUGAUCAGAAAAUUUCUUCCACUUGAUCGAUUGCAUUAAAAUUCACAAUAAAGGAAUAAAUAUCGAUGCUGCAUGAAAUUAGAUCUUUCAUCAUCUUCUUUCACCAGCUGCAUCUAAUUUUGGAUGAAUAUUGAAUCUUGGUGAAACUUACAGAACAAUGGAGAAGCUAAGGGUUUGAAGAAGAAAUUAGAAUAGGGAAGGAGAAGGGAGGGGACAAAAAGGUUGAAUUGAUAUUAAUGAUAAGAAAAAGUCGU